ACAAGAAGUGGAAGCCUGGAAACAGGACCUUCACCUGCAGCUGGAAAGCCACGAAACCCCCCACGCCACGGAAACAUGUGAUAUGACAGAGAUUUGAGCGCGUGUGCUUCACUUGUGCCUUUGCAAACACCUUCAGGGAGUUCAUAUGUUCCUGCGCGUCGACGACGAAGCAAUGUUUAGACGCAGACUACCGGCAGAGCCCCGCGGAGUUUGGACGUGUGUUUCGUAGCUUGUCACGUGUAUGAAGACAAAUUAUUGAUACAGGAGCGACAAGGAGCACCGCGAAUGUAGUCUUCAGGGAAGAAAGAGAAACACUGUACCUGCCAGUGUGUCCUCCUGCGGUCAUCUUUCCCCCCGCGUGUGCGUGUGUGUGUGUGUGUGUUUCGGGUUCUCGCAGUGCUGUGUGGGUAAAGUCAGGGGAAGAUGCAGGUGAAGAAGCACCGAGACUCGGACCAGAGCGGCGGGAACAUGCUGGAAGGAGACGGCCUCCGAAAAAACUCCUCAUGCUUCUCAAAUAUCAAGAUAUUCUUGAUAUCGGAAUGCGCCCUCAUGUUGGCUCAGGGCACCGUCGGAGCAUACCUGGUGAGUGUGCUGACCACUCUGGAGCGGCGCUUCAACCUGCAAAGUGCUGACGUAGGAGUGAUAGCCAGCAGCUUCGAGAUAGGCAAUCUGGCUCUGAUCCUGUUUGUCAGCUACUUUGGGGCCAAAGCACAUCGGCCUCGUCUGAUCGGCUGCGGGGGCAUCGUCAUGGCGCUUGGCGCCCUACUCUCAGCUCUGCCUGAGUUCCUAACUAAGCAGUAUGAAAUAGGGGAAAUGUGGAGGACUGAUGUGGGUCGGGAUGUUUGCUCCAACACCAGCAGCAUAGACGCUCAGAAGGCAGAGGACAUACUGUGCGACAACAGGACCAACACCAACAUGAUGUACCUGCUGCUGAUCGGAGCUCAGGUCCUGCUGGGGAUCGGGGCCACACCGGUGCAGCCCCUGGGGGUGUCCUACAUUGAUGAUCACGUGAAGAAAAAAGACUCAUCACUCUAUAUAGGAAUCCUCUUCUCCACACUGGUGUUCGGCCCUGCCUGUGGCUUCAUCCUCGGCUCCCUUUGCACUAAGUUCUACGUUGACGCUAUCUUCAUAGACACUGAAAAGCUGGGCAUCACUCCAGAGGACCCGCGGUGGAUCGGGGCCUGGUGGGCAGGCUUCCUCCUGUGCGGUGCCUUACUUUUCACCUCAGCUCUCUUCAUGUUCGGCUUCCCUCAGUCGCUGCCGACCAAGGAGAGAGAGGAAGGGGCCGACAGCGAACAGGUUAUGCUUCCUCCCUCUCUGAGUGCAGACUAUGAGACUCCAAAGCCCAGCAACGGGGUUGUUCGCAACCACGAGCCUGCCAACAGCCCCACCUGCUGUCAGCAACUCAGGGUGAUCCCCAAGGUGACCAAGCACCUGCUGUCCAACCCCGUGUUCACCUGCAUCAUCCUGGCCGCCUGCAUGGAGAUCGCCGUCGUCGCCGGCUUUGCAGCCUUCCUAGGGAAAUACCUCGAGCAGCAGUUCAAUCUCACCACCAGCUCAGCGAACCAGCUGUUAGGCAUGACCGCCAUUCCAUGUGCAUGUCUGGGGAUCUUUAUGGGCGGUCUGCUGGUGAAGAAGCUGAACCUGUCUGCGCUGGGAGCCAUCCGCAUGGCAAUGCUGGUCAACCUGAUCUCCACCGCCUGCUACGUCUCCUUCCUGUUCCUGGGCUGCGACACCGGACCGGUCGCAGGAGUCACAGUCACAUACGGAAACGAGACUCUGCGGACGGGCGAGAAGCCAGAAGCUCAGUGCAUCAGUCACUGCAGCUGCUUCACCUCCUCCAUCAGCCCUGUGUGCGGCUCCAACGGCGUCACCUACUUGUCUGCCUGCUUGGCUGGCUGCUCCGGAUCAGGAGGCCCUCGAACCUCGUCCAACAUCUCCCAGAACCUGACCGGAUGUGGUUGUGUAUCCUCUGAAAGUGAAUCUGCCACAGCAGUUCCGGGGAAAUGUCCGACACCAGGCUGCCAGGACUCUUUCCUCAUCUUUCUGUGUGUGAUCUGUGCCUGCAGCCUGAUUGGAGCCAUGGCCCAGACGCCCUCUGUUAUCAUCCUAAUCAGGACUGUGAGCCCUGAGCUGAAAUCCUACGCACUUGGAGUGUUGUUUCUUUUGCUACGACUGCUCGGAUUUAUCCCCCCUCCUCUAAUCUUCGGUGCUGGGAUCGACUCUACUUGCCUUUUCUGGAGCUCAGACUGCGGUGAUCGGGGUGCAUGCCUGCUGUACGACAACGUAGCUUACAGGCACCUGUACGUGAGCCUCGCCAUCAUCCUCAAGGGCGUUGCUUUCCUCCUCUACAGCACCACGUGGUACUGCUUACGCAGAAACUACAAGAAGUACAUUAAAAGUCACGAGGGCUACUUGACGCCGACUGAGUUUUACCCCUCGCUCACAGACGGCCCCAAACUAGUGGACAGGACAAAGUUUAUAUAUAACCUAGAGGACCACGAGUUUUGUGAAAAUAUGGAGUCAGUUUUAUAGUAUGUUAUGCAAGAAAAGGACAAUAAGGACAUUCAUAUUCUCUCAGAGGAAUAUUUUAUUCUUCUUUUCUUAAAAGGAUAAAACAAAAUGGUUUUUUUUUGGUUUUUUUUAAUAAAGGCAAUCUAUUUAACGGCCCCUUCAGGUCACAGGAGGUGUUCUCCACCGCGAUCCACGUCCUCGGUAAACAUUCAAGGGUCCAUUUUAUUCGUUUACGUAUCAGCGAGGUGUUGUCCAGUGUUGCCGGUGAAUUCCUGUGUUGACUCGGUGGUAGAAGGCAGACUACAGUACUGUCUGGCUCAGUCCUAGUCGAUUUUAGUGAGUGGACAUGAUGCUAUUACAACUAUAGUUGCCAUAUCGUUUUAGGUCUGUCAUGAUUCCAGUGGUCUGUGUGAAAAAUGACAGUUUCCUUUCAGCCAGUGCACUGUGUGUCCUGUCUGUCACUCUCUCAAAAAUGAGAUUUUUAUGAUAAUAAUUGUUUAAAAAAAAGGUUUGGGUGGUUCUUCAGUUAUUCAUAUUUAAAAGUUGCCAAGUGUUUACAGACUAAUAGUUCAGUUAAUGCAUUGUAUUACAAUGCAGGAAGGUUUCUUCUAAAGAGAGAACAGAAACACCCUGACGGGUUAUUUUAGUGGCCUAUUAGAUGUUUUAACUGUCAGAAGAUUUAAGUCUAAUAACUUAAAACAAAGUAGUGUUUUCAUGUCAUCUUGCACUGUUGAGUUUCUCGUUCUCUUGCUGGAUCACAGCCACUGUUUUUGAUACUGUUUAGACUAGACGUGAAGUCUUGUCUCAUAGGUGCAAAUGUGCAAUUCAUAUCUGAUACAUUCAUGUUUAUUACUAGUUUUGUGUCAGACUGCAGGUUUGUUUGUUCAUUAUAGCAGUUUGUUUCAUUUCCAUGUGUGUUUUUACAUCUGCAGAGUUUGUUCAGCCUAACGCGUCUUAAUAAGGGAUUAUUCAAAUAAGAAUGUUAAUUAUAUUUUAUUUUGACUUUUGCACCUAGUGGAAGAGCAAAAUCAAGAGUAAUAUUUCUAUGUGUUUGGACAUUCAAGUCAAAAGAGAUGAGGAGUAAUAUAUUAGUUUGAUUACAGUAGGGCCAGAAUGUUUUAUUAGAUUGUAUUUGAAAUAUAUAUAAUCUAAUUGUUUGAGAUGUGCGUGUCUGAUGUCACAGAAGAUUUGGGACAAUUCAUAGCGAUGAAAGUGAUAUGUUGCAUUAUUGGGGCAAAACAAAAUAAACCAGGCCUGUAAUAUCUGGGGUAACUGUUACAGAAAGGCUACAGGAGUUUGUGUGUGCAGUGUCAACAAGUUAAGCAACACAAAGAACACUGAAAUUAUUCCUGGACAUGUAUUUGAACACUUUAACGCAACUCGGCACAUACUGUACAACCUGUUCCUCUACUGAUCUCUCUGCAUUUACAGUUUUGACAUUGUCCCUUUUCUUACACUUUUUGUAUGGCAACAUAUCGUUUAUUUUACUCUGGAAAUAAAUUAUUUUUCAGAAAAUAAAAUCAAGUUUG